AUGCCCCAGGAAAAAACGACGGCCGAGCGUGUAGAGCAAGAACUUAUUGUGGGCAAGAGUUUCAAAUCCAUGAAGUUCGUACAAAGCAUCUCGGAGAAAGAUGAGCAAUUGGAGCGGAAAAAGAAAGAUUUUGUCCUUCCACCGAUCCACAAUAAUACCUCUAUUACCGUGACAAAUGCUAUGGGGAAUAAAAAAACAGGGGCCUUUGCUGGUUGUUUGGAGGAAAUAAAAGGGGGUCGUCUUUCUUGGUACGCUGCUGCAGCAACUGAAGAACAUGUUGAGCGAUCCACCAGAAAUCUGGCGAUGAAGUCAGUCGUAAUGAAAGUAAAAAGAAAAACUUAUUUAUGGGAAAAGAAAGUAGUGAUCUUGAGUUUGAGAGAACGUUAUACCUUUGUUGAGUGUAAGCGAAGUGGAGGAGUAGGAGAUAAAUAUUUCAUUAUGUACAUCCACGAUGUGACCCAACUUCCACAUGAUGGAUGUUAACUCCCCAGGAAAUGUCGUGUUGAAAUAGUUCCAUAA